GGAGUACCUCGUUCUCUCCCCUUUGCCAACUGCGCGACCUAUGCCUGUGACAUCCGCCCUGCCUCCCAGUGCUCCUGUCUCUGCGACCGUCACUCCGGGAGAUCAUGCUCACAUGGCAUGUGUACAAGCGUUGCUCGAGUUCAGUAUCGCUGUCAGGAGUCUCUCAGGGGCCGCAUACGACGAGUGGACAGCCUUCACCGCGGACCAAUUCCAGCCUGGCUCCAGGUUCAUUCUGUCUAUGCCGACAAGCUCGAGCAUCUCUCUCUACGACAUCGACACAGCGUACUUGCCUCAACUGUUCACCACCAUCGAUCCUCUUUCUACUCGUCUCGAUAUUACCGCUUUCCAUGUGGACACUUCCAGAAGCAACAUCCCUUCCCUGCGUUCCUGUACAUUGCAGUUCGAUGCCGAUUGGAUCUGGGUUCAUCAGGACCAUACCAUCGUAUGGAAUUGUCGUAUCCAGUCGGACUGGACCGUGAAACCAGGCGAGCUGCCGAGGAUGACAUGCCUCGAGGUGAUUGUCGACUCGUUCAGCGGCACGGGCAAUUCAGAAAGGGAUCAGGGAAUGCCAAGAUGCGCCAUACUGGUCUUACAGCUCGCUGAGAAGAUGGAGGCUCUUACCGGGUUCAUGACGCUUGUCGAGGCAAAUCAUGUCACUCCGCACGACAUUGCGAAACGAAUGUCGAACAGUUCGCCCCGUUGACUCUCACCUCAGUAUGGGAACAUCAGA